GAUAUGCAUGCAUUCAGGAACAUAUUCCGUCAUGAAAGAUUGAGUACAGGUGCCUGAAUUCACAACAUACGACAGUGGCAGUAACGUUACCGUGAGUACGUACGUGCUCAUCCAGUGACAGGACCCUGUUUACCACAGACACUUGUAUCUGUAUGGGAAACCUUCAAAAUAUGUUGACAUUGUGGAUUUGGAUAACUUGGAAAUCACAACAAAUAAAGGAAUGCUACGCAAACAGUUGCCUAGACAUUUUGGUCAUACAAAAUUACAGCACACAAAAAGACAAGAAGAAGAAUCUAUGCUCAUUCAGGAGGACAACAGUUUGCUGUCUUAUUCCAUGAGGUCCGAAGACAGUGAGUCUACAUAUUAUGGUAGUAAGCAGUUGAAUUCCUCAGGUGAUUCAUUUGUGCCCAGGGUUGACGCAAGGUUGAGUGGAGAGAGCUGGAUUGAUAAGUCUAGAUGUUCUCAACGUAGACUCAACACAUUCUCUCUGACUGAGCAGGAAUCUAAACGUCCUAAUCAAGGGUUGGAAACUUUCUCAUUAGCAGAACAAGUUGAUGAUCCUGAAGAUGGUGUUGAAUUACUCUCACUUCAAGAGACAAUGAUGACAUUCAUUAAAGAUGACCAUGGAGAACCAAGUGAUGCAGAAACUCUGAGUUCUACCUCCUCGGACACUAGUAACCAAUGGCAAGACGACGGCAUCGACAACAACGAAGAUGUGAUCAACAUUGAAUCAGACAAAUCAGAAAUAGAUUCUGAUAAAUCAGAUGUUGGUGACAUCACAACUUAUCACAAGAGGGAGAACACCAAGGACAGCAAUAUGUGGAAUUCACCGAGAGGGAGUAAAGGUGUUUGGUUGGACAGAAAGGAGGACCAAUUUACGCUUAUAUCCUCCUCACAAGACGGUGGUAUCUCUAAUCUUCAUGAUGGUAUUCGACCCUCAGACGGUGUUGAAUGGUCAGUUAGCCAGAGUCCAUGUUCACAACUGACACACACCAACAGGUGGGUUGGUCGUCAAGAAGCUGUUACCCACAGCAAGACAUCACUUACAGAUCGAGACAGAUCUACUGAAAGAUAUCCUUUAGUGUCCUCCAUUCCAACCUUAGGGAAACAGGAAAGUCAUAAGAAAUCUCCCAAAAAUGUUUUUAGGUCACCAGUGAAAAAUAGUAUGGUAAAUAGAAUAUCAGCUCAUGAUAUGCAUGUCAGUGACGAAGUUGACGGAGAAAUGGUCGAUACAAAUGUUUUACACAGUUUCAUUAAAAAAACUCAACAACAGGAAGAUGGUUUUCACUCACCUAGUAGAUCCUCAAAAAGAUAUCUACCUCGACACCAUGAGAAUACGCAUCCUGAUCUGGUUGUGUCAGAUGACCGACAUCAAGUCUAUAGUACAAAUCACCAGAAAAGUAGUGGUAGACCCAAGUCAGAGUUCAAGACAGAAGGUACAGUCAACAUGGCUGAGACAGAAGGACAAACACAAUCAAGACCACAGGAUCGAAAUUCACAAAUGCAGCAAAGCAGGACACCAGUAAUAACCACCACCAAGAGAACAAAAAGUUUUGAGGAACUUGUCAGCAAAUCUGUGCCAAGUAAACUUAUGGUACAGGAUCUCAAAGAUUUACCGCAGGGAAAACUGACAGCAUCCACAAUAGCAAUGGAUCCGCUUACAUCUAUGGAAAAAGUGUACAGAUGGCUUUCACCGGCCACGACUUCUUCUGACCAAAGACACAAAGUAAGUGCUCGGCGGAGACUACAACUCGCCAAUGUCAACUCUGCCAAUGUGGUUAGGGAAGACAAGGCAAACACUUUUGACAACAAACUGGAAGUAAGGUUUAUACCGAAAGAACUGAGAGGUAAUACAGACUGCCUUGAACAGAUGGAUGUUAUCGGAACAGAAUCAGAAAAUCUCAACAAAUAUGUUGAAUCCAAGGGCAGGCUAAUAGAACAAAAUUUGAGCUCUCCGAAAAAACAAUACAGAGAUUUAAGUAUGUGGGAAAACUCAUAUCUGUCUGAGGGGCAGCCAGUUACACCAAACACAGACAAAAGACGAAGGAAAAGUCCUAAUCAUACCCCGAAAGGCUUCCAAAACAAACAUCCAUGGGAGAACUCCAACACGACUCCAAGACGGAAUAGGGCUUCCCAUUUCAGCUCUGAGUUAACCAGCAGUCCUCGGAACAAUAUAUCACCAAAAAGCCCCUGGAGGAGCAGAAGCUGUGAUCAAAGGUUUCACCCCUACUCUCGUAAAAAUCCAGAUUCCCCAUCUGCAAUUUUUGCCAGACUCAAGCUUUCUAUAUCUUCUCCAUCUUCUUGCAAAGAUACAGUACAAAACCAUGGUGUUGUGGAAAAACCAAGUGGCAAAAUGUCAACAUUUAUACCGACACCCAAACAAACAAGGAAUCAUAAUUUGGGGAAUGAUAUGAUUUCACCCUCAAAAUUGAGGCAACACUUUAAGCAAACUGAAGAAUAUCCAAACUUGCACAGAUCAAAUGAAAAAGAGUUUCCUGUUGAAGAUAACCUAUAUUACGGUGGUGUGUCGAGAAAAUUCAUGCAGGAAAGUCCCAUUUCUGAGAAAGGUAGAAACCAAUCUCCAGAAAAAAUAUCCAGAAAGCAAGAUUCCAUAUCUUCUGAUAGAGGCCAUUAUUUGAAGAGAUUAACUACUUCUGAGAGCAAUUCAAGGUCAUUUGAUCUUUUUGAAACUUUUGACCUUGAGAGAUCAUCACAAAGGUCAACUGUUUUGAAUGGACAGCAUUUUCUUAAACCUCGAGUCGGAGCUCCGCAGCAAAAUGAAUUUAGUGAAGCUCACAAGUAUCCACAAACACAUCAAUCUACUUGUCAUCAGAACAACUCAAGUUCAACAAAUCUACCACAUUCAACAUGCCAAGGUAGCAAGGUAAAGCAACAAAACAAUGUACAAGAUAACAGAAAUCAGAGUAACAGGGGACAAAAAUCAGAAUUCAUAGAAACCAUCUCACCCAUGAGGAAUACUAAAUACUCUAGGGGCCAUGAUUUAAACAGAAGACAAAGUUAUCAAAAACCUUUUAAACAGGACAAAUUGGUGCCGAAGGAUGACACAGCUGGACAGGAGAAGUCACAGCGUUUUUUGUCCCUAGCACGAUGGAAGGGAAUCAACCAAGAAAACGAUAGAUCCGCAUUUUUUUCCUCUAUGCAAGACAGUGGUGUUGAAUGUACUUUUAAAGGCUAUUCUGAUCAUGCUGAUGCAAAACAUGGGGUUACAUCAAACUUAAUCAAAUCUAAUGUGCAGGAAAAACCUCUACAUUCAACAUGUGAUUCUCCCCUAGUUAAGAUCAGCUCUAAACCUAAAGCCGUCAGGCCCAGCACUAAUGUACAGGCAGGAAGUGAGGCCAGCCAAAGAUCACACCAAAAAGGUGUCGUAGCGGAGAAGACGGAGCUGUUUAAACGACCAAUGGGUGCAAUUGUCAGUCUGAGAAACAAAGUAUUGGCAAACAACCAGCUACAUAGCAGUACACCCAUGAAGCACUCUCCACAGUUUACACUCAAUGAUACCCUCUCCACAAUUCAUGCCACAAAUUCAGACAUUGAUUCAGAUUCUUCGGAUGAAUUGGUACUGACCAUUAGUCCAAGCUACUAGUGGUACAAGAAUGCACAAUACACAUGGGGAUUUAGCUUUAUUAUCCUGUAGAAAGUAACUUAGUGCUUGGAUUCUGGAACAUCAAACUUUCUCAUUUGUGGAACAAUAUUUUUAUUUUUUUUUAUACUGUAUUGCCUACAACGAUUUGUGUAUGCUUUUAAUAUCAGUCCAAAAUUUGUUGAUUGUGAUCAUUUAUGAAAUUUUAUAGUGAAAUGCAAACCCAAAAAAAGGAAAUGAAUUUAUGAUACAUGUAUAUAAAAGUAGAAGCUAUAUUUUUGUCCUUUUUGUUAAAUCAAACUAAGAUUCUUAAUGAUAACUCAUAGUAUAUCAAAUAUUUUAAAUACGACUUUCUAAUUCAAUUUGAAUUCAUUGAAUCAUGCUCAAUGUUAUUCUAAAAAAUUCUGUAUGAUCAAAAUGUCAAUUUUUUUUAUAGUUUCCAUGUUUGUAGCCAUAGGCACCUGUAUCUGGUAAUUAACACAGAGUUAAAAUUCAAUAUAGUACAUAUCAAGGAUAUUGGACUUUAACUCUGGGUGUUAAUUAUCAGGUACAAGUGCCUAUGGUAUAACAUUGUCUAGUAUCUUAAAUAGCUGCCUUAUAGAACAAAAUUCAAUUAAUUCAUCAUAUAUAACUGCGGUGCUUUAACAGUUCCAUUGUUCCUGCUGUAGUACAAUAGAUUUCCAUUGUUCCUGCUGUAGUACAAUAGAUUUCCAUUGUUCCUGCUGUAGUACAAUAGAUUUCCAUUGUUCCUGCUGUAGUACAAUAGAUUUCCAUUGUUCCUGCUGCAGUAAAAAUACAUUUCUUUCAUUGCACUAAAUGCUGUUACAACUAGCUAUAGCCAAUGCUAGAAACAGUGAGAUAAAUGUGAAUCUCAAAACCAUAUUUUUGUUUAAUAUUGUUUAAAUG